AUGUCUCCGAGUUCAAGUACAGACGUGUCGCACGCAGACCCCGAAGAAAAGGCCCAGAAAGCCCCCGAAAUUCCCUCUAGCAAUAAGAGCGACGACGAACUCGAUCGCAGCAAAUCUGAGGAUGUGACUUAUGCUCCGAUUACCUCGCCCGGUACCCACGACGAAAGCAGCGCACCACUCCAGAGACAAAGCUCGAAUGCGUCUAAAUCAGUGAAGUCCCUGGAACGCAGUUGGUCAUUGAAUGACGGCGUUAGUAUUGGCGGCCAUGAAGUCAACGAGGCUGCGGUGCCGAACGAUGAUGCAGCGUAUAUUGUGGGCUGGGAGGAGAACGAUCCUAUGAAUCCGCGAAAUAUGAGCAAAGCCCGACGGUGGUUGAUUACCAUAAUUGUUUCCAUGGGAUCACUUUGUGUGACUUGCACCUCUUCGAUGUAUACCACGACAUAUGCCCAAAUGAUGAGUGAAUUUGGGUGUUCGCAGGAAGUUGCGACUCUUGGAUUGUCGUUUUUUAUCUGGGGUCUUGGAAUUGGUCCGCUGUUUUUGAGUCCGUUAUCUGAGUUUUAUGGCCGCAGAAACAUUUACAUUGUUUCGUUCUCGCUGUUUCUCGUGUGGCUGAUUCCAAGCGCCGUGGCUAAGAAUACCGAGACCAUGCUUAUCUCUCGGUUCUUCAAUGGACUGUCAGGCAGUGCCUUUUUGAGUGUUGCUGGAGGUACCGUCGGUGACAUGUUUGAUCGCCAUGAACUUGCCUUUCCUAUGAUGCUCUACACUGCGAGCCCAUUUGUUGGGCCCGAAGUUGGUCCUCUGGUUGGCGGCUUUAUCAAUACAUUUACCACAUGGCGAUGGACGUUCUAUGUGCUUCUGAUUUGGACAGGGGUGCUGCUUGUCUCAAUGAUAUUAUUGGUCCCGGAGACGUAUCACCCAGUACUUUUGAGGCGUAAGGCGCAAAAGCUGCGCCAGGAAACCGGAGAUGACCGGUGGAAAGCCCCAAUUGAAAAAAUGCAGCGCUCUGUGGCACGGACGGUUGUGCGCUCGAUGUAUAGACCCGUAUUACUCUUGACAUUGGAGCCAAUGUGUCUAUGUCUUUGCAUUUUCUCAGCCAUCCUAUUGGGUAUUCUGUAUCUCUUCUUUGGUGCUUUCCAGCUAGUCUUCGAUGAGGUGUAUGGGCUUGUAAUGUGGCAGCGUGGUCUGUGUUUCCUUGGUAUGUUUGUUGGAAUGGUUAUCGCCAUCCUGACAGAUCCGAUCUGGCGCCGAAACUACGUUCGCUUGGAACGCAACCACGAGAAAGCCACGAACAAGGUCGAUGACUUCCAGCCGGAGUGGCGGCUGCCCCCUGCGAUCCUGGGAGGACCGUUAGUUACUAUAGGUCUUUUCAUUUUUGCUUGGACAAUUUACCCCAAUGUCCAUUGGAUUGCACCUAUCAUUGGGAGUGCUGUUUUCGGUGCAGGGACAAUCCUGGUCUACUCCGGUAUUUUUACAUUCCUGGUUGAUGCAUAUCCAACUUUUGCCGCCAGCGCCCUGGCAGCGAACAGCUUCACUCGGUCAUCUUUUGGAGGCAUAUUUCCACUUUUUGGAAUCCAAAUGUACAACAACCUCGGAUAUCACUGGGCAACUUCCUUGUUAGCGUUCCUGACCCUUGUCAUGACCCCCUUUCCGUACCUGUUCUUUCGGUAUGGAAGCUGGAUCCGGAGUAAGAGCCGAUUUGCGAAAUCACAGACGUGA